UUAGACAGCCCGUCCUGCGUAAAAGUCACAGCCAUGGACCUUCUCUGUGAAACUGGGAAGAGCAAAACGACGUUACAUGUCAUCACAAUAGUUUUGUUGUCUAGUUUAGGGCUGGUGAGCCCUUUCAGUCAGAACAAAGACGUCGAGUUCACGUUUCUCCUGCCGGCCGGAACGAGCGAGUGUUUCUUUCAAACAGCGACGAAGAACGGCACGAUGGAGGUCGAAUACCAGGUUGUAGCAGGGGCAGGUAUGGAUGUUGACUUCAUCAUCCGCUCACCCCAAGGCUUUCAGCUCAUCUCUGAGUUUCGUCGCUCUGAUGGAGUCCACACGCUGGAGCCGACAGAAGAGGGAGACUAUCAGAUCUGCUUCGAUAACAGCUUCAGCCGGUUCUCGGAGAAGAUGGUUUUCUUUGAGGUCAUCAUUGAGGGACAAGGAGGCGACGUGGGAGGAGAUGAUGAGUGGGCAGGGCUGGAUGAAGCUGAUGGCAAUUUACUGGAGUACAAGCUGGAUGACAUCAGGGAGUCCAUGGAAUCAGUGCACCGGCGGUUGGAGCGCAGCCGUCAGAUGCAGAAAGUGUUGCGGGCCUUUGAGACACGUGACCGUAACCUCCUGGAAGACAACCUGUGGAGGGUCUCAUUUUGGUCCUGUGCGUGCCUGCUGCUCAUGCUUUGUGUGGCACUCACUCAGGUUUAUACCGUACGCAAGCUGUUUGAUGACAAGAGGAGGGUUUACACGUAGCGACAUUAGUGGGCAUAACCACAACACAGCAAAGCAAGAUCCAAAAGAGAAAAUUGGUCACUUCAUUUUCUUAAUUGCCUUUCAGUGCCAUCAUCCAGCCACACACUUAUAAUGAAAAAAUAUUUUUGAAAUGGAGAAGGCAGUGCCUUCAAAGACUGAACUACAAAGCAUCUCCGUACAUUUUUCCAAAUGUUCUUUCUGUCCACUCCUUUGAAACACAUAUCAUAUGUCUGAUUGUGUAUCCGGUGUCGUGUACUUAAUCUCACUGGAAACACUUGUUGGCAAUUUUUCCAUUGUGGGGAAAAAAAGGGAAGGUCAGUUGGACCUUAUCACUCAAAAUAUUUUCAAUUAUGUCGGAGUUUACUCCGAACCCAGCCGCUGGGGAUGCACAAGCCAGUACAUUCUGUGUGCCGGUCCCAAGCCCGGAUAAAUGGACUCAUUUCAGGUUCAACUUUAUCGUCAUUUGUAUUUGAAUACAGAUAAAUUCUUGUGCUCUGGCUGUCUCUGCCUUAACACAAAGGACACAGGGACAAACCAUCCCCCCCCCAAAAAAAAAAAAAAAAUGUACAACCUACUGACUCAGCAUUUCAAGUUCAAGUCCGAUAUUUUUCUAGUUUGUGUGGAUUACCUGAUUGUGCAAUAGUGAUGUCGGUGUGUCUGAUCUUCCUAGGAAUGUGAUGUCAAACCUUUUUUUCCCCCCCAUUUGUUCGGUUAUUUCUCGAGUUGUAGACUAAUUGAAAGUUCGAUUUUCUGGUGUUGAAGAUUUCUUUUCAAGUGCCUGUUUGAUUAUAUGGUGAUCUGCAGAGAACAAAGGGAAAUUGGUUCAUUUCAGUCGAAAAAUUGUGCUCCAGUUGCAUGGCCAUUGAUGUAAUGUGAAUAUUUAUACACGCAUGCACACAUACAGACACACACACACACGUGUGUGAAAGGACUCUUGGAGACAUGUCAGUAUAGAGGUCUGUCAGGACAGUUAUUAGUGUGAACAUACAGAUGCUGGGCUGUUUCUUCCAUCUUUGAAUCAGAUCUUUUGUCUUGUGGCUUAUUGUGUCGACCCAAUCUGACAUUUUGAUUGUACCCACAACAGUCCUUUAGUGGAAGACUUUUAGUAAAAGGAGACUUAUACAAUACAUAUUGUACAUAAUAAAAAUCAGGUUUUCAUGGGAGUCGCUUUUUAUAAAUGCAUUUUUUACACAAUAAAAAAAAAGGAUUUUGAGCUGUGUCAUUGCCAUUUACCAAGUACUGUUCAAGAACAUCACCAGUGCUAGACUGUAUAUGAGUAACUGUAUAGACUGAUGUUCGUCAACCUCAGUUCAUGACAUCCCUAACUGAAGUGAUGCCUAGUUGUGACCUCCUGUUGUAGUUCUUCAUACCUCAAAUAGUGGGCCACUGGUGUAGUUUCACUUUAUUUUGGAUGUUGUAGCUUUAUGAUUACACUACCUCAGUGUAGAGCUUCUGAAAACGUGGACUUAUUUGGAUGAAUAAAUAAAUCCUAAAGGC